GAGCAAACUAAAUUAUGUUAAAUUUGCUUAUCAAAAUUAAAGGAACAAAGUCAUUUUUUCAAAAAAAUUCACUUCUAUUGAAAUAAUUAUUGUACAACAAAAUGUUAAAAAAAAAAGAAAGAGUAAAUUGUGUGUUAAAAGGUAAUCAAAUGUUAAAAAAAAGAAUGAAUAAAAUGUGUGUUAAAAGAUAAACAAAACACUUUGUUUGAGUUGAAUUUAAGCGAAAUAAAUACUGUACCACAAAAUGUUAAAAAAAAAAAAGAAUAAAAUGUCUGUUAAAAGAUAAUCAAGACACUUUGUUUGAGUUGAAUUUUUGCACAUAUGAGUGAAAGAAAUUAUUGAUAAAUAAUGUUGCUACUCGACUUUAUACUAUCAUUUGGCUUGCACAAGUCGUGUUCAAAAUUUCAAAAAUCUUUGUUGUUGAUAUGAUCGAUAAUAAUUUAGGUAUUGAUGUAUAAUGAUUUCAUGAAAUGCUCCAUGUAAUAAUCCGGUGUAGUGUGGAUUUAGGCAAGCCUAAAAAAAUAGUUUUACUAGUUAAAGUAUGAAUCCGUCCUGAAAAAUUGAAAAAUCUAUUUAUGCCUUUUUUUUUUUUUUUUUUUUAAUCGUCUCUACUAGGGAGAAUUGGAUUUUUUUUUAAUUUUUUUUCGUUGAAAGAAUUUAGAAUUGGAUCUUUAGCUUAUGCAAACAAUAUAUAUAUUUUUUUGGAUCUUUAGCUUUUCAUAUGGGCCUCAAAACCCUCAAAGUAGUCACAUACUACUCUAAGGUCUCUAACGGCUAAACGCCUUCAUCAAAAUUCAAAUUCUCACUUUCCUCUUCCUCUCCCCCUUCCCUCAUCCCAAAGCUCUGUAACAGAGCAAAAAUGGCGAGCACAAAUCACAACGAUCUCUUCUCAUCUCUAAUCUCCGACAUCAAAUCUUACUCCGGCAACGACCCUCUUCUUCCAUGGCUCAGCGGAGUUCGCAAUAUGAAGAACAGCUUACCACCCCAUCUCCUCAAAGAAAAACUCCCUCGAUUUCUUCAAAAAUGCGCUCAGACUUUCGAUUCGAACCGCCGUUAUCGCAAUGACCUCCGAUAUCUCCGCAUUUGGUUGCAAUUGAUGGAUUUUGUUGAUGAUCCGAAGGCGUUGUUAAGGACUAUGGAGAUGAAAAAAAUUGGGGUUAAGCGGGCUUUGUUUUACCAGGCUUAUGCGCUUUAUUAUGAGAAGAUUAAGAAAUUUGAUGAUGCUGAGAAAUUGUAUCAUUUGGGGGUUCAAAACCUUGCAGAACCUUUAGAUGAAUUGCAGAAAUCAUAUGAGCAGUUUAUUCAACGUAUGAAGCGGCACAGGAACAAGAGAGUUCAGCGUGAGGAGAGGAGAACUAAGCGACCUCUGUCUGAUCAUAAUACCACUGGCCAAGGUUGUAGCGUUGUGGAGAAUAAUGAAAAUUUAUGCAGAGUUAUUGGAAGUUCCAUUGAGCAAGAGCAUACCUAUUCUAGGAACAUAUUAACAGAAUGUUCUCAGAAUAUGAUGCCACUAAAUAAAGUAAAGGAAAAUGCUGGUAGCAAGUUGUACCGAGAUGAUUCUGUUGUGGCCAAGUUUGUAGAUUCUGCAAUUGUUGGAAGGUCUGAAGCAGAAGAUGCCUGUCACCAUGGCCUGGUAGAACCUACCAUAAACAUGAAAGAGGCUAUGAAUGCCAUAAAUAGCAUGUUCAAAGAACCCAUAGAGCCUGCUAAUGUUGUUCGAAGAACAUAUAGAGGGCAACCCAAGGUAGAUCAGAGCACAAGCAAUGUACUCGAGGUGUUUAUGGAUGAGAAUCCGGAUAAUAUGGUUGGAUCAACCUGCCAAAGUGACGAGGAAAAAUUUCUAGUGCCAAAAAAUAAAACUGAUCAGUCUCCCCAAGAACCACUCAAGAUCUUUGUUGAUGACGAGAUGAGCAAUGAUUCUGAACCAAGUGAGACCCAAACGUCAGCAGAUGACUCCCCGUCAUCUUCUUCCAAGGUUGAUGCGUAUGUAUUUCUUAGGCCUCAAGAUCAUCAGUCAGAGUCUUCCAAUGAGAUGAAAGUGGAGAAAUCAUCCAGAAAGACUAGAACCAAAUUUAGGGAGGACACAGUUGUUCGUAGAUUUGUUGGUUCAGCUAUUCUGGAUGAACCAGAGGUGGAAAAUAUCUGCCACCAUGGCUUGGUGGAUCCAACAAUUAAUCUUAAAGAAGCUAUGGAAGAUAUUAAUGACAUGUUUGGGAAGCCAAUUGAUUUUGUCAGGACCACCAGAAGGAAAAGGCAGGAAAAAGCAGCCGUGUCAGAAAAUAACGAUUUUGGUGGGUUUUCAAUUCUUGCUGAUGAUGAAUUCAAUAAUUCGGAAGGUCCACGACCUCCACGAAAAUCUUCAAGCAAAGAUAACUUUGACUUACAUGAACUAACCAUUUUCACAAAAGAAGCUAUGGAUGAUAUAAAUGACCUCUUUAAGAUGCCAUUGGACUUUUAGGGAAUGAUACUUGUAUUGCUUCUUUUUAGGGUGCAAACAAAAUUUGCUUAUGUUAUUAUGUAUUUGUACCAUUGCUAAACUUUUGCCUAUAGUGUUGCCUUCCCCUAAUGGCUAAUGCUCAAAUUUGAAACGAAUGGAUCUAUUUAUCCUAUCUUCUGUUCUACUCAUUUAUUCGUAAUUUUUUUAUUUUAUUUUAUUUUAUUUUUAAUUGUAAACACAUGCUUACUUAACUAUGUGGAUUUCUUUCACCAAUUUUGCACCUCUAUUGGUAGUCUGAGAUCAUCAGAAUUGUAUCAAGGCAAAGAGAAAUGUUAUUUCUGACUGCUGAGUAAGAAAAUGUUAAUGCUUAGUAUUCAUGAACAUACAAAAUGGCUCUCAUAUUUAGACAAGAA